AUGCCUGACGUUAUGAUUGUAAACGAUAAUGCUUCCUUUACGUCGAGUACGACUUACUCCACACAAGACUCGGAGCAACCACCACGUCCACUCCAUCGCAGAAACACAGUCACGCAACUGACCAGGCGCGUUUCGAAGAGGAUAUCACAGUCAAUCCUCGGGUCCGGGGUACAAGAACAUCAACUGAGCGAAAAGAACCUGAAGGAUCUCAAUGAAGCAACACAACUGGAUGCGCCAGGCUCGCCUGCUUCAUACCUACCAGAUCAAUCACACGAGCCAAUGAUCUACGAACCUAUCCAUGAAGACAUUGAGGAGGACAUCCAUAGCGUAGAUGUGGAAGCGGUCAGAGACAUGCGCCUUCAACAGUCCUACGCGGCCUUCUGUCGCGACUUUACGAUGUCAGGGACACCAACCGUGAAUAGGAAAUUCGACUUGAACAUGGAGAUGGAGCACUCUGCAGAAGCAACCCCACAAUCGCGUGCAAAUUCAACUCAUGGCAACGAUAGAUCUGACUUGAACUCGCCACAUGACCUUUCCGAUCAUAUUGUGGAUAUUCCAGGGUCCCAACCCAGCCCGAGACCGAAUUCAGUUCCAUAUCCAAUAUCAUGCACAUCUAUGCAUCAGGACCUACACAUGCAACCGCCCCAAUCAGCAACGACCAGAGAUCCACCCCUCCGAUGGCCAGAACUCGCCCCAUCAAAGGUCGAGCACGACUACAACCGAUACGGGUCACACACCUCCCACUAUCCACACCCACCACCGCGAAUCAUCACCCCAACCGUCUGGAUGGACAUGCAACGAACCGAGCGGGAGCGCAAAGAAGCUCGGCGAUCGCGACUCCUAGCGCCCUUUCGGUCUUGGUUCAUGACUAGUCCACCCUCGUGGGGGCGGCGAUAUGAAGUUGUCGAAUAG